AUGGUCGACAUUGUACCGGUCUCGUCGUAUCCAUCCCACAUCUCCCUUCUCCCAUCGAUCCAACAGUGCAACCUAACGAACCUGCCUGAAAACUACUUCCUCAAAUACUACCUCUACCACGCGCUCACCUGGCCACAGCUCUCCUUUGUCGCCGUCGUGCGCGGCUCCGGGUCGAAACCGCCGCGCUACCCGAAAGUCGUGGGCUAUGUACUUGCGAAGAUGGAGGAGGAUCCCCCGGACGGGGUCCAGCACGGGCACAUCACUAGUCUGUCGGUGAUGCGGACACACCGACGGCUGGGCAUCGCGGAGAAGUUGAUGAGGAUGAGCCAGCGGGCCAUGGCCGAGGUGUUCAACGCCAACUACGUCAGCCUGCACGUACGCAUGUCCAACACCGCGGCCCUGCACCUGUACCGCGACACUCUUGGGUUCGAGGUGGAAAAGGUCGAGAGCAAGUACUACGCCGACGGAGAGGACGCCUUCGCCAUGCGCAUGGAUCUCAAGAGUAUGCAGAUCAAGAGUCUGCCGGAGGAGGACGAGGAUGAGGGUGACGGAGUAGGUUCGCUGGGCAAGAAGGGCGAGGAGGGCGAGACGGUCAAUGGCGAGAACGGGAAGAAGGAGAAGAUGGUCAAGGUGAAAGUCGGGCGCGGGCUGGGCGUGGGAGAUCUGGUGGAAAGAAACGAAGGCUCGACGAACGCCCAGUAUUGA